GAGACAAAAAGAAACAGAGCAAAAACUCCCGUCUUCUUUGCCUUUUUCUCGUGCGGUGAUGUCUUCUCUCAACUUCCAUGGCUGACAUCUCACCUUCCUAAUUCUCCCCAACCUACCACAAAGUCUCUUUCUUUCCCCUAAAACUUCAUCACCCUUAGAGGUUUUUUUCUUUCAAUCCAUUUCUUUUUUUUUUUUGAAUUUUUUUUUCCUAAAUGGAUGCGAUCUUCUCCCCCGCCGUGGAACCUGAAGGAACCACCGACUCAACGAUCGACACAGUUUCUCGCUUAGUCUCCGGCGCUUUCUCCGGAGCUCUUACUGGUUUUUUCGCUAUGGCUGGAGCUUUCACAGGAGCAGUAACUGGUGCGGUGGCAGGAAGAGCUGCACAGUAUGGUGUAAUCCGUGGGGCUGCACUUGGCGCUGUAGCUGGAGCUAUUCUCUCUGUUGAAGUCUUGGAGGCUUCUCGUGCCUACUGGUAUUUAGAGCUAUCAGGAUCUAGGGGUCCAUCAUCUAUGGCAGAUUUUGUAGAGCAGCUGUUCCGUGGGAGACUAGUAGAUGAACAACUUAUGUCAACAAUGAUAAAUUCACACCACUGGCAGUUAAGGAUUUCAGAUGUAAGCUAUGAAGAGAGGGAGGAUGUGUAUGGUGAAUUGGAACCUAGAGGCUUGUCUGGUGAGUCGUUAAGGAAACUACCAUGCUAUAUCAUGUCAAGUGAGAUGACCAAGAAGCAGAUCAUACACUGCACUAUUUGUCUGCAGGACAUUGCAGUUGGUGAAAUCACACGAAGCUUACCGAGAUGUGAUCACACCUUUCACCUGGUUUGCGUUGAUAAAUGGCUCAUUAGACAUGGAUCAUGCCCCAUUUGCAGACAGGGCGUUAAAGAUUAAGACACCAUUGUUGCCAAGGAGUGUACAUAACAAAAAAAACAUUAUGCUUAUAUGUUGUUGUAAGUCUCUGAAUCCUUAUUUCAGUUCUCUAUUUGUGUCUUUCACUUGAUCUAUCAUCCAUAGGUUUCUACUUUUGAAUGUAUACUAUUGUAGACAUGAACACCUACAGAUAUGUUGGAAAAGAAUAUAGAACUUGAUUAAGUUAUGCAC